AUUGCUUUUCUCAUCAUACAGACAUGAACAACACCAUGGAAGCUGGACCUGAGCCCAAGCUGGGUUAUGCUCUGUUCUACGGCUCUAUUAUGGCGCUGGGUCUGCCUCUCAAUGCUGUCUCACUGUGGAUUCUGCUGAGACACCACAGCCUCAAAACCCCCAGCGCUGUCUUCAUGGUCAACCUGGCCAUCUCUGACCUGCUGCUGGUCAUCUCCUUACCCAUGAGGGUCUACUUUUACGCCACGGGCACCUGGCCUCUGGGCGAUCUGGCAUGCAACUUAAUCAGAAUGCUCUUUCGCACCAACAUCCGCUCCAGCAACUUCUUCAUCACCUUCAUCAGCGUGGACCGGCUGCUGGCUGUGGUUUAUCCUCUGAGGUCACGCCAUCUUCGGACCGCUUGCAACGCUCUGAAAGCUGUUGGGCUCGCUUGGCUGUUUGUGUUGGUGACCCACAUCCCAGUGAUUGUGAAAAGAUCAGGAUUUUUAGAGAGCAACAAUAAAUCCACCUGUUUUGAAUUUUCUCAACGGCAGCCAAAAAUAUCAGCAAUGGUCUAUGUUAAGCCGGUGAUAGUGCUCACCAUGCUGGCAGUCAACAUUGUGUGCACCACUUUGGUGUCUUGGACCCUUCACAGACAUCUCAGUGACUCAGCAAGGGUCAACAACAAGAUCAAUGUCAUGCUGAUUUUUAUCAUGAACUUGGUAAUGUUUACCAUAUGUUUCCUGCCUUUGUCUCUUAGUUUAUUGAUUAAUAGGACUGCAUCUGAACCUUUAGUAUGUCUCGCUACCGUGAACUGCUGCUUGGAUCCACUGUUGUAUUACUUUUCUCUGGAUGCCUUCUGGAAGAAGAAAGAGGAUGCAGAUCUUCCAAGAGAAUAGUAGACAAACUGUUUCAUGAAAUGACAUCAGAUUUCUAGUGAAUCCCUUUCUGAUUGUCCUGCUUUUCAGCAAAAAUAACCUGUUUGGGUCUGGAAUGCUCAUUUUGCUUUAAGUUUGAUAGUAUGUUGGCUUUUAUUAACAUGUCCAGAAAGACUCCAGUUUCCCUAUUGAGUUUAUGGUCUCAAUCAUUAGUUUUGAUUCUUUGUCAAUACAACAUGAUGUUCAUUUUGUAAAUGAUGGUCCCCUUUAAAUCAAAUAGAUGAUAAAGCAGGAUAUGCUUUUGGGUGCGGCUACUGUAUGUUUGACAUGUUGCUUCCACAGUGCACUGUGUGAUUUAAUCUUUUAACUUUGACCCUAUCAAAGUGUGUUUUCACCUUCAAUAAAG